UCAGAAGCAGAGACGAUGUUGUGUCUGUAUAUUUUACUGACUUUCUUCCACUGUUCCCUAAGUGAAGAUAUCACAUAUCAUGUUGAAGAAGAGAAUAAUCCCUAUACCUAUGUAGGGGACAUUGCUACUGACUUACAGAAAUCAGACGACUCCUUCUUAAAGAAUAAGGAUUUAAUUACAUUUAGUCAACUGCAACAAAAGGGAGAACAGUUGUUCAAUGUGACGAGAACAGGUAAACUGUACACUGUUGAGACAUUGGAUGCUGAGUCUGUGUGUAGUUAUGAGAAAGAAUGUUUUGAAAUCGUUAAAGUUGCAGUUCACAAAUCCAAGACAUUUAUGAAGAUCUUAAAAAUUAAGGUCAUAAUAGAAGACAUCAAUGACCACCAACCUGAGUUUCCUAAGAAUGAAAUCACACUAAUCUUUGGGGAAGGAGACAGAGAUGGAAUGAAGAAAACCAUUCCUAAUGCCAUCGACAAAGAUAAAGGUUAUCAAAACAGCUUAAUUAAUUAUGAAUUAAAUGGUGGAGGUAACUAUUUUUCAUUAUUUGUUUCUAAACAAGCUGAUGGAAUUUCCACUUUAGGAAUCAUUUUAGAAGAUAAAUUAGACAGAGAAAAGAAGGACAAUUACAAUAUUGAGGUCAUUGCUAAAGAUGGAGGAACUCCACCAAAACAAUCUGUUUUAAAUGUUAAAAUAUCUGUAGAAGAUGAAAAUGAUAAUGCACCACAAUUUUCUCAAAGUAUCUACAAUGUCUCUAUUGAACAUAAACAUAAAAAGAAUAUUCCAGUAGUCACAUUAUCUGCCAGUGAUUUAGACAUUGGCAGGAAUGGUAAAAUAUCUUUCUAUUUCAGUCAAAAAACUGAUGAAAAAAUAAAAGAAUACUUUCAUUUAGAUGAAAGUACUGGGAAGUUAUUUCUUGAAAAACCUAUAAAUUUUGGUAAGAAAGAAUCAUUUAAAUUAUAUGUGAAAGCUAAAGAUAAUGGAAUUCCUCCUCUAAGUUCCAUUGCAAUAAUUCAGAUAAAUGUUAUCAACCAACUCAACAAUCCUCCAAAUAUUGAUGUGAAUUUUAUUUCUACACAGAAUCACAACACAGCCACCAUUCUGGAAGACAUCAAAGUUGGUAGUUUCAUUGCUUAUGUGAUGGUCACUGACAAUGAUAUUGGACACAAUGGACAGGUGAACUGUCAUAUCAAAGAUGACACAUUCAAACUACAGUCAAUGGGAUCGAAGGAAUAUAAAAUAGUUCUAAAGAAAGCAGUAGACAGAGAGACACAGGAACAUUAUCACUUUACUGUGUCGUGUGAAGAUAAAGGAUUACCUGCUCUGAAAACUGAUAAAGAUCUGUCAAUCCAAGUGUUGGAUGUGAAUGAUGUAGAACCACACUUUACGAAAGACACAUUCAAGUUCCUUACCUAUGAGAAUGACAAAGCUAAUUUCCCUAUUGGCUUUAUCAAUGCUACAGACCCAGAUAUUGGUAAGGGAGGUGAAUUGUCUUAUUCUCUGAGAAAUAAACAGCAAUAUCGUCUGCCAUUCCAGAUUAUCAACUCUGGCUUUAUUUCAACAAACCAGUCUUUAGACAGAGAACACAGAGAUUUCUAUGAGUUUGAGGUUUUUGUGAAAGACAAUGGAAGCCCAUCUCUGAAUAACACAGUGAAUGUUGAAGUGGAAGUAUUGGAUAGAAAUGAUAAUGCUCCAUAUUUUACAUUUCCUAGUGUUGACCCUUUCACUCUUAAUGUCCACUAUCAUCCGCAAAGUAAGAACGACAUCACAGUUCUGAAAGCAUCUGAUAUAGACAGUCACAUGAAUGCUUUUCUCAGGUACGAAAUCGUUUCAGGUAACGAGAGACAGUUAUUUAAACUGGAUUCGUUCACUGGUGUGUUAUCUUACUCUCGUACAGUUUACCAAAAUGAUGCCGGAUCAUAUGAGCUUGAGUUUGUUGUGAAAGACAGUGGUACUCCAGUUCUGUCGGCAACAACUAGUGUGUCUUUGACACUGACUGUUAGUAACAAGACGUCACCAAUGUUCACAGCUGUGCACCUACCAAGUGAUAACACAAUAGAUGCGACAUUGUUGAUUAUCAUUGUAGUAGCAGCUGUGAUAGUAUCUAUAGCUAUUGUGGUUUCUAUAACCCUGUGUAUUGUGAGAUGUAACAAUGUGAGAAAUAGCUCAUCUGAAAGAACUGCAGAAGAGAAACAGGCAUACCAAUGUCGCAAUGAGAUGAGACAGUUGAUCUAUCAAGGUAACAACAGUGUACCUGUGAUGUCAGGUAAUCGAGGAGAGAUGUCAGAUAGAUAUGGUCAUUCAAGGAGCCAUUACUAUCCUGAAGACUGGAAGACAUCGACAAUGAGCAGAUCUCUUCAGAAGUCUACAAAGCAGAAAUACAGUCAACCGAUUGAGGUGACAUCUUAUGGAGACAACAGACCAUCUUCUCACUAUCCCACUGACACAUUGACCAGUCGUAAGAGCAGUGGACAGUGCUGGAGUGAGCGGUCAAGUAGACAGUAUGAAGAAAUACCUGCAAUGUCAGGAAUCUAUGGUGGUGCCCCACCUGAUGUAUCAAGCACCAUUGAAAGAGACCAUUACCAAGACAGAUAUGUGAAACCUCCAGAGAGACAGUUACCUUCAACACCAGAUGUUGUUGUCAGUUCAUCUAAAGAUACAGAAAUAAUUAAAUUCUCAACAGUUGCUGACCUUCAACUAAACACGGAAGAGUGCUACUCACAUACAUGGGAUGGAGCAAUUCCUCCUCACACAAAUAUUUUUGACAGCAAUCAAAAAUUGAUAUUUGAAGUCAUCUCUCCACUGGAUAUUAUAUUAAUGCCAAAACCAGACAUGUUGUUGUGUCUGUGUGUUUUGCUGACUUUCUUCCACUGUUAUGCAAGUGAAGAUAUCACAUACCAUGUUAAAGAAGAGAAUAUUCCUCAUACCUAUGUAGGGGACAUUGCUACUGACUUACAGAAAUCAGACAGCUCCUUCUUAAAGAAUAAGGAUUUAAUUACAUUUAGUCAACUGCAACAAAAGGGAGAACAGUUGUUCAAUGUGACGAGAACAGGUAAACUGUACACUGUUGAGACAUUGGAUGCUGAGUCUGUGUGUAGUUAUGAGAAAGAAUGUUUUGAAAUCGUUAAAGUUGCUGUUCACAAAUCCAAGACAUUUAUGAAGAUCUUAAAGAUUAAAGUCAUAAUAGAAGACAUCAAUGACCACCAACCUGAGUUUCUUAAGAAAGAAAUCACAGUAAUUUUUGGAGAGGGAGAUCGAGAUGGUAUGAAGAAGGCUAUACCUAACGCAGUUGAUAAGGAUGUUGGAUAUCAGAACAGUUUAAUUAGAUAUAAAUUAAAAGAUGGUUUUGGUCAUUUUUCUUUAUCUCAAUCAAAAUUAGCUGAUGAAAUAUCAACAUUAGGAAUAAUUUUAGAAGAGAAAUUAGACAGAGAACAGAAAGACAGUUACAAUAUUGAGGUCAUUGCUAAAGAUGGAGGAACUCCACCAAAAGAAUCUAUUUUAAAGGUUAAAAUAUCUGUAAAAGAUGAAAACGAUAAUGCACCACAAUUUUCCCAAAGUAUCUAUAAUGUUUCUAUAGAACAUAAACACAAAAAGAAUAUUCCAGUAGUCACAUUAUCUGCCAGUGAUUUAGAUACUGGCAGGAAUGGUAAAAUAUCAUAUUAUUUUGCUCAGAAAACUGAUGUGAAGAUGAGAAAAUAUUUUCACCUGAAUGAAAAUACAGGAGUGUUAUAUUUAGCUAAAUCAAUAGAAUUUGGAAAAGAAGAGAAUUUUAAAUUAUAUGUGGAAGCCAGGGAUAAUGGUAUUUCCCCUCUCAGUUCCCUGGCAAUCAUUCAGAUAAAUGUUAUCAAUGAACACAACAAUCCCCCAAAUAUUGAUGUGAACUUUAUUUCUACACAGAAUCACAACACAGCUACCAUUCUGGAAGACAUCAAAGUUGGUAGUUUCAUUGCUUAUGUGAUGGUCACUGACAACGAUGUUGGACACAAUGGAGAGGUGAACUGUCAUAUCAAAGACGACACAUUCAAACUACAGUCAAUGGGAUCGAAGGAAUAUAAAAUAGUUCUAAAGAAAGCAGUAGACAGAGAGACACAGGAACAUUAUCACUUUACUGUGUCGUGUGAAGAUAAAGGAUUACCUGCUCUGAAAACUGAUAAAGAUCUGUCAAUCCAAGUGUUGGAUGUGAAUGAUGUAGAACCACACUUUACGAAAGACACAUUCAAGUUCCUUACCUAUGAGAAUGACAAAGCUAAUUUCCCUAUUGGCUUUAUCAAUGCUACAGACCCAGAUAUUGGUAAGGGAGGUGAAUUGUCUUAUUCUCUGAGAAAUAAACAGCAAUAUCGUCUGCCAUUCCAGAUUAUCAACUCUGGCUUUAUUUCAACAAACCAGUCUUUAGACAGAGAACACAGAGAUUUCUAUGAGUUUGAGGUUUUUGUGAAAGACAAUGGAAGCCCAUCUCUGAAUAACACAGUGAAUGUUGAAGUGGAAGUAUUGGAUAGAAAUGAUAAUGCUCCAUAUUUUACAUUUCCUAGUGUUGACCCUUUCACUCUUAAUGUCCACUAUCAUCCGCAAAGUAAGAACGACAUCACAGUUCUGAAAGCAUCUGAUAUAGACAGUCACAUGAAUGCUUUUCUCAGGUACGAAAUCGUUUCAGGUAACGAGAGACAGUUAUUUAAACUGGAUUCGUUCACUGGUGUGUUAUCUUACUCUCGCACAGUUUACCAAAAUGAUGCCGGAUCAUAUGAGCUUGAGUUUGUUGUGAAAGACAGUGGUACUCCAGUUCUGUCGGCAACAACUAGUGUGUCUUUGACACUGACUGUUAGUAACAAGACGUCACCAAUGUUCACAGCUGUGCACCUACCAAGUGAUAACACAAUAGAUGCGACAUUGUUGAUUAUCAUUGUAGUAGCAGCUGUGAUAGUAUCUAUAGCUAUUGUGGUUUCUAUAACCCUGUGUAUUGUGAGAUGUAACAAUGUGAGAAAUAGUUCAUCUGAAAGAACAGCAGAAGAGAAACAGGCAUACCAAUGUCGCAAUGAGAUGAGACAGUUGAUCUAUCAAGGUAACAACAGUGUACCUGUGAUGUCAGGUAAUCAAGGAGAGAUGUCAGACAGAUAUGGUCAUUCGAGGAGCCAUUACUAUCCUGAAGACUGGAAGACAUCGACAAUGAGCAGAUCUCUUCAAAAGUCCACAAAGCAGAAAUACAGUCAACCAAUAGAGGUGACAUCUUAUGGAGACAACAGACCAUCCUCUAACUAUCCCACUGACACACUGACCAGUCGUAAGAGCAGUGGACAGUGCUGGAGUGAGCGGUCAAGCAGACAGUAUGAAGAAAUACCAGCAAUGUCAGGAAUCUAUGGUGGUGCCCCACCCGAUGUAUCAAGCACCAGUGAGAGAGACCAUUACCAAGACAGAUAUGUGAAACCUCCAGAGAGACAGUUACCUUCAACACCAGAUGUUGUUGUCAAUCAACAAUUUAACAUCAAGAAUUUAAUACCACCAAAAGCAGAGAUGUUGUUACACCUGUGUGUUUUACUGACUUUCUUCCACUGUUUUUCAAGUGAAGAUAUCACAUACCAUGUUAAAGAAGAGAAUAAUCCCUAUACAUAUGUAGGGGACAUUGCUACUGACUUACAGAAAUCAGACAGCUCCUUCUUAAAGAAUAAGGAUUUAAUUACAUUUAGUCAACUGCAACAAAAGGGAGAACAAUUGUUCAAUGUGACGAGAACAGGUAAACUGUACACUGUUGAGACAUUGGAUGCUGAGUCUGUGUGUAGUUAUGAGAAAGAAUGUUUUGAAAUCGUUAAAGUUGCUGUUCACAAAUCCAAGACAUUUAUGAAGAUCUUAAAGAUUAAAGUCAUAAUAGAAGACAUCAAUGACCACCAACCUGAGUUUCCUCAGAAAGAAAUCACACUGAUCUUUGGUGAAGGUGAUGGUAGAGGUAUGAAGAAACCCAUACCUAAUGCUAUAGACAAAGAUAAAGGUUAUCAGAACAGCUUAAUCAAUUAUGAAUUAAAUGGUGGAGGUAACUAUUUUUCAUUAAGUGUUUCCAGAGAAGCUGAUGGCUUAUCAACAUUAGGAAUCAUUUUAGAAGAAAAAUUAAACAGAGAAAAGAAGGACAAUUAUGAUAUUGAGGUCAUUGCUAAAGAUGGAGGAACUCCACCAAAACAAUCUGUUUUAAAUGUUAAAAUAUCUGUGGAAGAUCAAAAUGAUAAUCCACCACAAUUUUCUCAGAGUAUCUACAAUGUCUCUAUUGAACAUAAACAUAAAAAGAAUAUUCCAGUCGUCACAUUAUCUGCCAGUGAUUUAGAUAUUGGCAGGAAUGGUAAAAUAUCAUAUUAUUUUAGUCGAAAAACUGAUGAUAAACUGAAAGAAUACUUCCAUCUAGAUGAAAAUUCUGGGAAAUUAUUCUUAGAAAAACCUUUAAAUCUGGAUAUAAAAGAGUCAUUUAAAUUGUAUGUAAAAGCUAAAGAUAAUGGUAUGCCUCCUCUCAGCUCCAUAGCAACGGUUAUAGUAAAUAUCAUCAACCAACACAAUAAUCCUCCAAAUAUUGAUGUGAACUUUAUUUCUACACAGAAUCACAACACAGCUACCAUUCUGGAAGACAUCAAAGUUGGUAGUUUCAUUGCUUAUGUGAUGGUCACUGACAACGAUGUUGGACACAAUGGAGAGGUGAACUGUCAUAUCAAAGACGACACAUUCAAACUACAGUCAAUGGGAUCGAAGGAAUAUAAAAUAGUUCUAAAGAAAGCAGUAGACAGAGAGACACAGGAACAUUAUCACUUUACUGUGUCGUGUGAAGAUAAAGGAUUACCUGCUCUGAAAACUGAUAAAGAUCUGUCAAUCCAAGUGUUGGAUGUGAAUGAUGUAGAACCACACUUUACGAAAGACACAUUCAAGUUCCUUACCUAUGAGAAUGACAAAGCUAAUUUCCCUAUUGGCUUUAUCAAUGCUACAGACCCAGAUAUUGGUAAGGGAGGUGAAUUGUCUUAUUCUCUGAGAAAUAAACAGCAAUAUCGUCUGCCAUUCCAGAUUAUCAACUCUGGCUUUAUUUCAACAAACCAGUCUUUAGACAGAGAACACAGAGAUUUCUAUGAGUUUGAGGUUUUUGUGAAAGACAAUGGAAGCCCAUCUCUGAAUAACACAGUGAAUGUUGAAGUGGAAGUAUUGGAUAGAAAUGAUAAUGCUCCAUAUUUUACAUUUCCUAGUGUUGACCCUUUCACUCUUAAUGUCCACUAUCAUCCGCAAAGUAAGAACGACAUCACAGUUCUGAAAGCAUCUGAUAUAGACAGUCACAUGAAUGCUUUUCUCAGGUAUGAAAUUGUUUCAGGUAACGAGAGACAGUUAUUUAAACUGGAUUCGUUCACUGGUGUGUUAUCUUACUCUCGCACAGUUUACCAAAAUGAUGCCGGAUCAUAUGAGCUUGAGUUUGUUGUGAAAGACAGUGGUACUCCAGUUCUGUCGGCAACAACUAGUGUGUCUUUGACACUGACUGUUAGUAACAAGACGUCACCAAUGUUCACAGCUGUGCACCUACCAAGUGAUAACACAAUAGAUGCGACAUUGUUGAUUAUCAUUGUAGUAGCAGCUGUGAUAGUAUCUAUAGCUAUUGUGGUUUCUAUAACCCUGUGUAUUGUGAGAUGUAACAAUGUGAGAAAUAGCUCAUCUGAAAGAACAGCAGAAGAGAAACAGGCAUACCAAUGUCGCAAUGAGAUGAGGCAAUUGAUCUAUCAAGGUAACAACAGUGUACCUGUGAUGUCAGGUAAUCGAGGAGAGAUGUCAGACAGAUAUGGUCAUUCGAGGAGCCAUUACUAUCCUGAAGACUGGAAGACAUCGACAAUGAGCAGAAGUCUUCAAAAGUCCACAAAGCAGAAAUACAGUCAACCCAUUGAGGUGACAUCUUAUGGAGACAACAGACCAUCUUCUCACUAUCCCACUGACACAUUGACCAGUCGUAAGAGUAGUGGACAGUGCUGGAGUGAGCGGUCAAGUAGACAGUAUGAAGAAAUACCAGCAAUGUCAGGAAUCUAUGGUGGUGCCCCACCCGAUGUAUCAAGCACCAGUGAGAGAGACCAUUACCAAGACAGAUAUGUGAAACCUCCAGAGAGACAGUUACCUUCAACACCAGAUGUUGUUGCCAGUUAUGAAACCUCAAUAUUUGUGGGCACUGUAUUAACAUCAAGACUAGAGAUGCAGUUGUUUCUGUGUGUUUUACUGACUUUCUUCCACUGUUCUCUAAGUGAAGAUAUCACAUAUCAUGUUAAAGAAGAGAAUAGUCCCUAUACCUAUGUAGGGGACAUUGCUACUGACUUACAGAAAUCAGACAGCUCCUUCUUAAAGAAUAAGGAUUUAAUUACAUUUAGUCAACUACAGCAAAAGGGAGAACAGUUGUUCAAUGUGACGAGAACAGGUAAACUGUACACUGUUGAGACAUUGGAUGCUGAGUCUGUGUGUAGUUAUGAGAAAGAAUGUUUUGAAAUCGUUAAAGUUGCAGUUCACAAAUCCAAGACAUUUAUGAAGAUCUUAAAGAUUAAAGUCAUCAUAGAAGACAUCAAUGACCACCAACCUGAGUUUCCUAAGAAAGAAAUUACUCUAAGUUUUAGGGAAGGAGACAGAGAUGGUAUGAAGAAACCCAUACCUCAUGCUAUAGACAAGGAUAUGAGUCAUGAAAACAGCUUAAUUACUUAUGAAUUGAUGAAAGAUAAUGGACAUUUUUCAUUAAGUGUUUCCAAAGAAGAUGAUGGAUUAUCAACACUAAGAAUUAUUUUGGAAGACAAAUUAGACAGAGAAACGAAAGACAGUUACAAUAUUGAAGUCAUUGCUAAAGAUGGAGGAACUCCACCAAAACAAUCUGUUUUAAAUGUUAAAAUAUCUGUGGAAGAUGAAAAUGAUAAUGCACCGCAAUUUUCCCAACGUGUGUACAAUGUUUCUAUUGAACAUAAACAUAAAAAGAAUAUUCCAGUAGUCACAUUAUCUGCCAGUGAUUUAGACAUUGGCAGGAAUGGUAAAAUAUCUUUCUAUUUCAGUCAGAAAACAGAUGCUAAACUGAAAGAAUACUUCCAUCUAGAUGAAAAUUCUGGAAAGCUAUUCUUAGAAAAACCUUUAAAUCUGGAUAUAAAAGAGUCAUUUAAAUUGUAUGUAAAAGCUAAAGAUAAAGGUAUGCCUCCUCUCAGUUCCAUAGCAACGGUUAUGGUAAAUAUCAUCAACCAACAAAACAGUCCUCCAAAUAUUGAUGUGAACUUUAUUUCUACACAGAAUCACAACACAGCUACCAUUCUGGAAGACAUCAAAGUUGGUAGUUUCAUUGCUUAUGUGAUGGUCACUGACAACGAUGUUGGACACAAUGGACAGGUGAACUGUCAUAUCAAAGACGACACAUUCAAACUACAGUCAAUGGGAUCAAAGGAAUAUAAAAUAGUUCUAAAGAAAGCAGUAGACAGAGAGACACAGGAACAUUAUCACUUUACUGUGUCGUGUGAAGAUAAAGGAUUACCUGCUCUGAAAACUGAUAAAGAUCUGUCAAUCCAAGUGCUAGAUGUGAAUGAUGUUGAACCACACUUUACGAAAGACACAUUCAAGUUCCUUACCUAUGAGAAUGACAAAGCUAAUUUCCCUAUUGGCUUUAUCAAUGCUACAGACCCAGAUAUUGGUAAGGGAGGUGAAUUGUCUUAUUCUCUGAGAAAUAAACAGCAAUAUCGUCUGCCAUUCCAGAUUAUCAACUCUGGCUUUAUUUCAACAAACCAGUCUUUAGACAGAGAACACAGAGAUUUCUAUGAGUUUGAGGUUUUUGUGAAAGACAAUGGAAGCCCAUCUCUGAAUAACACAGUGAAUGUUGAAGUGGAAGUAUUGGAUAGAAAUGAUAAUGCUCCAUAUUUUACAUUUCCUAGUGUUGACCCUUUCACUCUUAAUGUCCACUAUCAUCCGCAAAGUAAGAACGACAUCACAGUUCUGAAAGCAUCUGAUAUAGACAGUCACAUGAAUGCUUUUCUCAGGUACGAAAUCGUUUCAGGUAACGAGAGACAGUUAUUUAAACUGGACUCGUUCACUGGUGUGUUAUCUUACUCUCGCACAGUUUACCAAAAUGAUGCCGGAUCAUAUGAGCUUGAGUUUGUUGUGAAAGACAGUGGUACUCCAGUUCUGUCAGCAACAACUAGUGUGUCUUUGACUCUGACUGUUAGUAACAAGACGUCACCAAUGUUCACAACUGUGCACCUACCAAGUGAUAACACAAUAGAUGCGACAUUGUUGAUUAUCAUUGUAGUAGCAGCUGUGAUAGUAUCUAUAGCUAUUGUGGUUUCUAUAACCCUGUGUAUUGUGAGAUGUAACAAUGUGAGAAAUAGCUCAUCUGAAAGAACAGCAGAAGAGAAACAGGCAUACCAAUGUCGCAAUGAGAUGAGACAGUUGAUCUAUCAAGGUAACAACAGUGUACCUGUGAUGUCAGGUAAUCGAGGAGAGAUGUCAGACAGAUAUGGUCAUUCGAGGAGUCAUUACUAUCCUGAAGACUGGAAGACAUCAACAAUGAACAGGACACUUCAAAAGUCUACAAAGCAGAAAUACAGUCAACCCAUUGAGGUGACAUCCUAUGGAGACAACAGACCAUCUUCUCACUAUCCCACUGACACAUUGACCAGUCGUAAGAGCAGUGGACAGUGCUGGAGUGAGCGGUCAAGUAGACAGUAUGAAGAAAUACCAGCAAUGUCAGGACCAGAGAUGUUGUUACACCUGUGUGUUUUACUGACUUUCUUCCACUGUUCCCUAAGUGAAGAUAUCACAUAUCAUGUUGAAGAAGAGAAUAGUCCCUAUACCUAUGUAGGGGACAUUGCUACUGACCUACAGAAAUCAGACAGCUCCUUCUUAAAGAAUAAGGAUUUAAUUACAUUUAGUCAACUGCAACAAAAGGGAGAACAGUUGUUCAAUGUGACGAGAACAGGUAAACUGUACACUGUUGAGACAUUGGAUGCUGAGUCUGUGUGUAGUUAUGAGAAAGAAUGUUUUGAAAUCGUUAAAGUUGCUGUUCACAAAUCCAAGACAUUUAUGAAGAUCUUAAAGAUUAAAGUCAUAAUAGAAGACAUCAAUGACCACCAACCUGAGUUUCCUCAGAAAGAAAUUGAUAUACAUUUCCGAGAUGGAGAUGGUAAAGGCAUGAAAAGACCCAUACCUCAUGCUAUUGACAAAGAUAUGAGUAAUAAAAACAACUUAAUUACUUAUGAAUUGAAAAAUAACAAUCAGUAUUUCUCUUUAUCAGUUUCUAAACAAACAGAUGAGAUAUCAGCAUUAGAAAUUAUUUUAGAAGAUAAAUUGGACAGAGAAAAGAAGGACAGCUACAAUAUUGAAGUCAUUGCUAAAGAUGGAGGAACUCCACCAAAACAAUCUGUUUUAAAUGUUAAAAUAUCUGUAGAAGAUGAAAAUGACAACAGACCACAAUUUUCCCAAAGCAUCUACAAUGUCUCCAUUGAACAUAAACAUAAAAAGAAUAUUCCAGUUGUCACAUUAUCUGCCAGUGAUUUAGAUAUUGGCAGGAAUGGUAAAAUAUCUUUCUAUUUUGCCAGAAAAACUAGUGAGAAAGUGAAGAGAAACUUUAAUUUAGAUGAAAGGACUGGAAAAUUAUAUUUAGCUACAUCUUCAAAGAUUGAUACGGAUGAAUCUUUUAAAAUAUACAUUGAAGCCAGGGAUGAUGGCACACCUCCUCUCAGUUCCAUAGCCACUGUUAUGGUAAGUGUCAUCAACCAACACAACAAUCCUCCAAAUAUUGAUGUGAACUUUAUUUCUACACAGAAUCAUAACACAGCCACCAUUCUGGAAGACAUCAAAGUUGGUAGUUUCAUUGCUUAUGUGAUGGUCACUGACAAUGAUGUUGGACACAAUGGAGAGGUGAACUGUCAUAUCAAAGAUGACACAUUCAAACUACAGUCAAUGGGAUCGAAGGAAUAUAAAAUAGUUCUAAAGAAAGCAGUAGACAGAGAGACACAGGAACAUUAUCACUUUACUGUGUCGUGUGAAGAUAAAGGAUUACCUGCUCUGAAAACUGAUAAAGAUCUGUCAAUCCAAGUGUUGGAUGUGAAUGAUGUAGAACCACACUUUACGAAAGACACAUUCAAGUUCCUUACCUAUGAGAAUGACAAAGCUAAUUUCCCUAUUGGCUUUAUCAAUGCUACAGACCCAGAUAUUGGUAAGGGAGGUGAAUUGUCUUAUUCUCUGAGAAAUAAACAGCAAUAUCGUCUGCCAUUCCAGAUUAUCAACUCUGGCUUUAUUUCAACAAACCAGUCUUUAGACAGAGAACACAGAGAUUUCUAUGAGUUUGAGGUUUUUGUGAAAGACAAUGGAAGCCCAUCUCUGAAUAACACAGUGAAUGUUGAAGUGGAAGUAUUGGAUAGAAAUGAUAAUGCUCCAUAUUUUACAUUUCCUGGUGUUGACCCUUUCACUCUUAAUGUCCACUAUCAUCCACAAAGUAAGAACGACAUCACAGUUCUGAAAGCAUCUGAUAUAGACAGUCACAUGAAUGCUUUUCUCAGGUAUGAAAUCGUUUCAGGUAACGAGAGACAGUUAUUCAAACUGGAUUCGUUCACUGGUGUGUUAUCUUACUCUCGCACAGUUUACCAAAAUGAUGCCGGAUCAUAUGAGCUUGAGUUUGUUGUGAAAGACAGUGGUACUCCAGUUCUGUCAGCAACAACUAGUGUGUCUUUGACACUGAGUGUUAGUAACAAGACGUCACCAAUGUUCACAGCUGUGCACCUACCAAGUGAUAACACAAUAGAUGCGACAUUGUUGAUUAUCAUUGUAGUAGCAGCUGUGAUAGUAUCUAUAGCUAUUGUGGUUUCUAUAACGCUGUGUAUUGUGAGAUGUAACAAUGUGAGAAAUAGCUCAUCUGAAAGAACAGCAGAAGAGAAACAGGCAUACCAAUGUCGCAAUGAGAUGAGACAGUUGAUCUAUCAAGGUAACAACAGUGUACCUGUGAUGUCGGGUAAUCGAGGAGAGAUGUCAGACAGAUAUGGUCAUUCGAGGAGCCAUUACUAUCCUGAAGACUGGAAGACAUCGACAAUGAACCGGACACUGCAGAAGUCUACAAAGCAGAAAUACAGUCAACCCAUUGAGGUGACAUCUUACGGAGACAACAGACCAUCCUCUAACUAUCCCACUGACACAUUGACCAGUCGUAAGAGCAGUGGACAGUGCUGGAGUGAGCGGUCAAGUAGACAGUAUGAAGAAAUACCAGCAAUGUCAGGAAUCUAUGGUGGUGCCCCACCUGAUGUAUCAAGCACCAGUGAGAGAGACCAUUACCAAGACAGAUAUGUGAAACCUCCAGAGAGACAGUUACCUUCAACACCAGAUGUUGUUGUCAGUUAAGUGAGACUGAGAAAGGAACACAACAGAAAUAAUAUCACCUUCAACAUUCACACAACAUUUAAAAACAACAGAAAUAUUUUAGUUAGAUAAUAAUAUUGCCCACAUAUGAUUGAAUAUCUUCAAAUAUGUUUGAGAGAAUAUAUUUUGUGUAUAUCUUGGGAAUAUUACUCCAGAUAAACAAGAAACUAACAGCUUCAGAUAUCAAGAAUCCAUUGGUAACAAUUCAUAGUUAAGUGAACAAACUUUAAGUGAAAUAUUGUGCAGAAGUAGACAUUAUGCCUGGGAAAUUCAAUUUAUACUUGAAAAUGUGAUUUAAAUUAUAACGAAAAAAUAAAUAAAUGAUAAGUAAUUAAUAUUUCAGAGGAUAUAUUGUAAUAAGUUGAUAUAUCUCUUUAAAUUUCCCAUAGAUAUCCUUAUAUGAGACUUAGAUUUGAAUUAGGUCAGACACUCACAAACUGUUAUUGUCAAUAUUGUAUUUACAUUUUAAAUUACACACACAUUAACAACAUCAGCCAUAUUUUGUUAAUAUAACCUCUCUGUUCUAAGGAUUUCUAUGUCAGUCUCUCUCCACAUCAGACAUGUUGGUGUUAUAUAGACUUAUCAUGGCUGACUGUUAGUGGAGCAGAUAGUGUGUGUUCUCUCACUACUCUGUCUUUGUGUGUGAGAGGCAACAUCUAGUCUGAGAGAGGCUGUAGUAAGCAUCACCCAUCCUACUCCUCCUCCUCCCUUUCACACACUCACACACACACACUAAACACCACACAUCCACAAAGGAAGACUGAGAGGGAACUGCUGGUUCCCACUGACUCACCACCAACACUAUUCCAUCAACAUGAAGCCAUUGUCACACCAUAGCAGCAGUGACACAGA